UUAGUGGUUUUCUCACCAAAAAAAUAUUAUUUGACGCGAUUGAUUGAAAGUGAACGCGACCAUUUUUUGACAUAAAUGUACUAUUUAUAGUAUUUUUAUAGUGUUUACUGUUUAAUUAGUCUAGGUAUUUUUAGCACGAAACUUAAAAAGUUCUUGGUAUUUUUAUUAGGUAAACUGAAACUCGUGAUUAAAAUACUGUGUACAUAGUCUCUGUCAUCUGUAUAAAUACAAUAGAACUAAUGCGCCCCUCUAGUAAAACCGCUAAAGGCAAAACCAAUAAAGAUAUUGUCAGAAUGGAUGACGUUGGGAAAGAAGCAAAGUCAAUAAUUGAAAAAAUUUUAGGGGAUGUUAGUAAAACGUCUGCUACUAAACAAUUACUGUUAGGGACAUCUUCAGGGUGGGUUACAGGAUUCUUAGCUAUGCGAGUUGGAAAAACUGCAGCUUUAGCUUUAGGUAGUGGCAUAAUAUUAGUGCAGAUUGCCAAUGAAAAAGGAUAUAUUAAAAUAAAUUGGGAUAAAGUUAACAAGAAUAUUGAUAACAUUACAGAUAAAGUAGAAGAAACAAUAACGGGAGAAACUUCUACUUUUAUGGAUAAGGCAGAAAAAUAUGUUGAUAGAAAAUUAAAUCAAGCAGAAGAUCAUUUAAAAAAGGGACAACACAAAGCAAAGAAAUGGUACUCAGGUUUAACAGGAGAUCAAUGUAAUCUCAAGGAACUACACAUAUUCUUAGUAUCUUUCGUGGCUGGAAUUGCAAUUGGAAUUGGUACUUCGUAAAUUUAUAGACCUAUCUGUAUUUAUCUAAUUGUAAUUAUAUAAACAUAUUUUUAAGCAGUA